AUGACUUCGACAUCAGAAACUGCUCCACCGGUUCCUUCUAUUAAUUAUAGAAAUACCGCGUCUUGUAAUUUGCCACCUCGGGUCAGUCUUAAAACGUCAACAACCCACCCCAUCAACAUCAGUUGGAUAGUACCGGAGGAACUAACUGACGGUCUCACUUUAGAUCCACUAUCACCGUCGAUAGACCUUUUUGAUGUAUAUACAACAGCAUCUCUCUAUCAACAUUAUUAUGACCAAGUGCACGGUUAUGGAGUUUCUCGCUCGACACAUUGUACAAUGCUUGGUAAUCUAGCGUUAAGUUCAUGUCCCGGUAAAAAAGUCAGACUAAGUGGACCCGUAAGAGGUCGAGCAACGAUCGAUCGUGAUCUAGAUUUAGAUUUUCAAAGAUUAAAGUCUUUAGAUAUAUCAAUGAUCGUAUGUUGUCUUAAUGAUGACGAAUUAGCAUUUCUGGGUGCACCAUGGUCGAAAUAUAACGAGUUGGCACUGAAACAUAAACUUCAAGUUGUCAGGAUACCAAUGAUAGAAGGUGGCUGUCCAGAUUCAUUAGAACAGAUCGAUUCGGUUGUGACACAAAUGGAUCGACAUAUAAAGCAAGGUCAUAAAAUUUUGGCACAUUGCCGUGGUGUUGGACGUGCUGGUUUGGUGGCAUGUUGUUGGUUACUUAAGAAACGAUUUUGUCUUGACGCAGAUCGUGCGAUUCGAUUAGUGAGAAUGAGGCGUAGUCCCAAGGCUAUUGAAACCAUGCAACAAGUAGAUUUUAUUGUACAAUUUGCUAAUUAUAUUCACUGGGGAUUACAACAACAACGUCAUACACAACAGAAAUAUGAAACUUCGAAUAUUUCAUACAAAACCAGCAAUUCAGUAACAACGACAAAUUUACAAUGA